AUGACAGACCUGAGUAGCCUCGAAAGCUUCCAGGCACUCUACACCGAUCUUGAGGCCAUCGCUGAAUCCAAUCUAUCAGAUGCUCUUCUACUGAGAGUGGGCGCGCAGUUCGAAAGCUUGCUGAGUGAUUUCCAAAACUUAUUAAACCAAAAAGCUCGAAACGAUGCAAGUCGGCAGCGGCUGGGAACUGGGAAAAUUGAAAUUUCAGGCGACGAAUACACUGUCAAUGAAGAAUUCCAGCAAGAUGUCCUGCGACUGGCCGAUGAUCUAAACCUCGACGAAUUAGAAGCAGCGCAGCUCUUUCUCUUGUCCCAACCCGAAACCGAUACCACUGGCAGAUCAGCCCGCACAAUAUCAAUCAUAAGAUUUCAGCAGAGACGGAAGUAUCUCUUGGAUUGCUUGCGUCUCAUCUUGCAACUGGCCGGAGAUGUGGACCUGGAUGAAACCCUGAGGGAGGGAUUUCAAGACUUUGUGGGCAGAAUACUGGCACCGCAAGCAAACUCGGCCAGAUUUCUUCAAAAAUGUAUCACAAGCAUGGGGGAUAUAAGAUCGUGGUUGCAACGUCUGGCCGAUAAACAGAGCACAGCGUCGGUACUGAAUUCGGGUCAGCAGGGAGAGGAAAUGGAAAUGAUAGAAUUUCAGGGAUCAAAUCUUGUUAGCCAACAUGAGAUGCUCUCCGUGAUAUCUCUAUAUCUGGUCAAGCAGAACUUUUCUGUGCAGGCAGAUUUUGACUUGAUAUUAGACACUCUGAAAAGGGUGGAUAAAUACGAUCACCUAUUACUUCAUUACCUUCCACCCCUUGCGGCAUGUAUCGCUAGAUAUGGUGGUAUUGAAGGCGGUGGAACGAUUGCCGAUGCAAGGUCGCUGAACAACAAGUACUUCGCUCCGUCAGAUCAAAACUCCUGGACAUUGAGCUACUUGCAAGCCGCGUUCAAAGCAUGGUGGCUUGCCGAAUAUAGUGGAUGGUAUGGGGAGAAUGCCGAUGGAUCUAUCCCGGACAAUCAGUUGGAGGAUGAGGCGAAAUUGCGAUCGAAACAGUUUUCCGAUGCAUUAAAAGACGGAGCUUUCGACUUCAUAUUAUGUGUCUCGGCCGAUUCCAAACCACUUGAAUGGCAUGAUCCUGCUCGCCAAGGUCUCCGACAAUGGCUGCAGCGAAAGACACCCGUGAUGCUCACUGGCCCUGCGCCGUUCUCCAAGGUCUUUCAAGAAGCUUUUAUGGAACAACUAGAGGCUUUCGUUGAAGCUUUCAUAACGAAUUUGCCCGACGUCCUUCGAAAAUUACGGACGGAUGAAGAUGAGCAAAGACAACUGAAUCAGGAGCAUGAUCAUGAUCUCGACUUGGAGAGAUUUCUGGUCAUCAUAUCAUUUGUUUUUGAAGGACGGCCAAAAGCUGCCCUCGAGGGCUUCUGGGACGUCAGAGAUGGUGCUUUAAUGGGAUUCGUCCAAUGGGCAUCCCGCAGAGCAUCUACACCCCUGGUUACCGCGUUCUGUGAGAUGCUACAAUCUAUAUCUGAGGACGAAUUGUGUGCAAAUGCGACCCACGAAUUCCUGCUUGACGAAGGGCCCCAAUCGUCUGGCAGGAUGCGGAAGACUCAUUCUCUGUCGUGGAACCAGAUCUUCAAGGAGCUUACUUACUUUUCCACCAAGAUCCGUGAUCGUUUAUCAGUUCCACAAACUCAAACAUAUCGGCCAGGCAAACCUCACAUUGACUUUGCUGAAGUCGAACCGGAGCAGUCGAUGAUGCUUGAGUCCUAUCUAAGGCUCAUCACACGCCUAUGUACGGAAAGUGCCUCUACUCGUUUGUUUCUAGCACAGCAUCCUUCUUUUCGAAUCACGGAUCUCUUAUUUCAACUGGCGAGUAGCGCAAUAGGACCUCGACUAAGAGCCUGCGCGUUCACAACUCUCAAGUCUCUUUUAAGUCACAAAACAAGAGAAGCCGGCGAACAUCUCUGGACAUCCAUUGAUGUCUGGAUUUCUGGUGGAUAUGCCCCAGCACUGACAUCGUCUAAAACGGCGUCGAAUAUGCCAGCGACAGGCUCACCUGCUGCGAUGGGCGCCAUUUUGAAAGGCUUGACAACAGGAUUUGAAGAACCAAACGCGUUUGUUCAAUUCCUUCACGCACUCGUAUCUCCACUGGAAGAUGAAACUGGCCUCCGCGAUAGUCUUCCGUUUCCAGAAAACCUGGGCACAUCCAGUCGAAUGCCUGGUAUUGAUCCUUAUGUUGACUUCGUUAUUGGAGAAAUCUUCAGUUCUCGAUUGCCCGAGAUCAUUGAGGUUAUUCAACGAAGGCUUCUAAGGCUUUCUUGUUUAGACUUCAUUGCCACUUGCCUCGAUACAUUCAACGAAGAUCUCGUCAUUUUUGCGAGUCGCUCAAAUGUCGCUGUAGAUCUGGCUAUCAGUACAUCCACACUCGAAAAUUACGUUCUCCUGCAUCCGUUCUCUAGAGUCAUGGAAUGGAUGUUCAAUGACAAGGUCAUGGCAGCACUUUUUGCUACUGUCCACCAAGAUGCAGCAGAAGUAGGUGCGGCCUCGUCCGACUCCCCUUUGAUACUAUCUCUAUCCCGCGGAAUUCAUGUAAUAAAUACGAUCAUGGAUUUACAGCCAACAUAUCUAGACAUCAUAAAGCCCCUCAUUCGGUCGCAUCCAUCUUUCCGCCGCACCCCUGUCACUAAUGCCGCCUAUACGACAUUCGAAGAUGGAGUCCUGAGCCACCUUUCUGUCCUUCCUGAUCUAGGGUUUUAUUGCGGCACUGGUCACCCAGACCUUGCACUCGCUUCGAUUAAAUUAUUCGGCAAGUUGGCAGCGUCCCCAAGGCUCACUUCCGCACCUGUUAGUGCACAGGGCAGAGGAGGGAACCGAAACAAAGCCUUAGCUGCACUUGAAGAUGAUGCUGACUCUAUAUCUAAAAUUCUUCUUCGCGAGAUGGAAGCCGGGAUCAACAUCAACCAGGGUCCCGAUUCGCCAGAAUAUAUGGUGAAAGUCAAAAUUCUCGAUUUUCUCCUCUCCUGCUUAGUAGCGUCACCAGACCAACCGACAGUGGCUCACCUUCUCUUGGGGUUUCGUUGCAGCGAUCGUGUAGUGAGUGUCGAUAGCGAGAGCUCUUUUGGCCGUGGAGUGUCUCUGUUCCAUACUAUCUUGAAUAGCGUGCUUGAUUCUAGUCUAACGGACGAAACUGGUGUGGCGCUAUGGUUGACCUCGUUGAAUCGCAAGGCUUUCGAAGUGUUGAAAGAAUUAUGGUCGUCGCCGCUCACCUCAGGCUUGGUUACAUUGAAAAUGCGAUCAAACGACGCAUUCUUUAUGUUGUUCAUACAGGAGGAGGUUAUUCAACCAGGAACUAUCUGGAAUGGCCUAGAUGUUUUGGAUCCGUCAUUUUCCAGCUCACCCUCUUCUACUUGUUUCGCCGAGUUCCUGAGCAGACGUGCACUCAUCAUUCAGUAUUUUUCUAAGGAGCUUAGUGAAGUUGCUGAUAGUCAUUCCCCCUCCCUGAAGCAGAGAAUAUUUGAAACCUUGAUGGGAUCUACGCGUCUAGAAGAGGGUCAGAUGCGCCCCCAUGCCGCAAUAUUCGACCUAUUUGACUUUAUGGAACCCGAAAUCGACGAGCCCAUGUGGCCUACAAAAUUGGAGUGGUUUCAAGAUGUUGAUUUCCGCGCCUGUAUGGACGGCAACAACCUGGCAUCCGCCUCUGACCUCAGUAAGGUCGAAGAAGUUCUCAUACUCCGCCGAUCGGAACUGCUCAAUACCUCUGUCCCAGCGACAUCUCCCCAACUAACUGCUAUCAAUCUUGAGGCACAAUUGUUGCUCGAUUUCUUCGCCCGAGACCACCAAGCCAAGACUCUUUAUGCCGCUAGAAUAAAAGUACUCAAAGCCUGGGUUCAGCUUACAAUGCUUAUGAUAGAGACUGGCGACUUCGACCGGGUCUCGAAAACUACGAUUAUGUUGAGGACCCUUCAAACGAUAAUGCCGCGCCUGGAGAACGAUAUUGAUAAUGUUACGGAAGCGUCGGAGCUGGCCAAGCUUGCGAAGUGCGUUAUAUUCAGUCUUGAGUUCGAUGCUCAAUCCUUCAAUCAAGAUGAAAUGGGGGAUCUCGUCGGGGAUAGAUUGUUUCAUCUAUUCCAGGUAGCACUACGGGCUAUCAAUUCGUUGGGUUCGAAGACCGAGCUGAAGCAGGUCUUCUAUGCAAUAAGUUAUCGCUAUUUGACUGGCAUGUCAGAUGUUAGCAGCCUUGGCGGCAUCACUCGUCGUCACAGCAUCCAAACCAUAAAAUCUGCCGGGGAUCGUUUCAUCGACGUGGUUUGUGACGAUGCGUAUGGGAGCGAGUUUACGUGUAGAGUUGCUGCUCUACUAGUCCUCGGUGCACUUGUUUCUAUGGGCAAGCAAGAAAAUUCGAAAUACAUCAUCGAAGCUCUGAUACGAGUGAAUUUUGUCAGCAUAAUGGUUGGGUCGAUCCAGAAUAUUCCAUCAGAAUUAAGGGAUGCAAAGCCUGAAGACACGGAUAUGUUAUUAUCAUAUUGCAAUGCCCGACUAGCACUACUCCUUCAGAUAUCUCAGACACGAUUCGGAGCAGCCGCUGUCCUAAACGCCGGUCUCUUCCACUCUAUCACAAAAUCAUCGUUGUUUUCGGCGGACCCAGAUUUGGGAGUCGAUAUUGUUGGUCCCAAUGCUCUCAGCAAACACUAUAGUCUUCUUGUUGCGAUCAUGAGAGUUGUCUGUGCAACUCUUCUCAGUCGCGGAACCCAGAAUCAACAGUCUCUUGAACAAGGACGGAGAUUCCUCACAGAAAAUCGACUUUCUAUUCUCGCAGUUUUGAAAAAGUCUGCUGGACUUGCUGCUGGUGUUAAGGUGACCGAGGCAAUUGAUGAACUUGCAGACUCCUUCAUGCUGCUGGUAACUUUUACACAAUUUCUUGAGAAAGAAGAAAGUAUGACUCCAAGAAAAGUAUCACUGACCUCGUUCACAUGA